AUGUCCACCGCACUGGCAUUUCACCGAGAGGCGGGAAAGCCGUUCGAAUGCCCUAGCAUUCCCGUCGAACUAAGGAAACGUCAGGUAACCGGUCCCAGCGGUGAAAUUCAGUAUCGAUGCGGCUUCAGAAUCGGCGGUGGCAUCGACCAGGAUCCGUCGAAAUCUCCUUAUGGAUAUCCCGAUUCGGGCAUUUAUAUCACCCACAUAGAACCAGGUGGACCAGCCGAAGCUGCGAAACUGAAAGUUCACGAUAAAAUUCUCCAGGUGAACGGCUACGAUUUUACAAUGGUGACUCAUGAAAAGGCAAUUAAUUACAUUAAGAAAUACAACGUUUUGAAGAUGCUUGUUGCUCGACAGAAGUGA